AUGGUAAAAACUCAUAAAAAAAAUGAUAGAGAUAGAGUGAUUAUUAAUUUUGGUAGUGUUGCUUCUACACAUAGUAGUUCAGGAAUGAUUAAUUAUGGAGCAUCAAAAGGUGGAGUUUUAGGAAUGACACUUCCUUUAGCUCGAGAAUUGGGGAAGUUUAAUAUCAGAGUUGUGUGUUUUACUCCUGGAAUUUUUUUAACCAAUAUGGUGGAUAAAUUAAAUUAGAUUGCAUUAGGAAGAAAUGGAGAUAGUAGAGAAUUAAGUUAAGCAGUAUAAGGAGCAAUCGAAAGUAGCUUUUUAACAGGAACUUUUUUCCAUUUAGAUAGUACUAUAGCAUCCCCUCACCAUUUGUGA